AUGGCGUCUUUUGUUGAGGGCGUUGGCCCUCGUCUCCGGCGUGCGCCUGGCGCGCGUGCGUCUCGCUCUUCGUUCCCGUCUCCCUCGGGUCUUGUUCGCCGCGGUUUCCUCUUCCUGUCUCUCUGUCUCGUUUCUCUUCUUUCGCUGCGCCCGCCGGCCCUCUUUGCCGAGGCGCAGGUCGUCGGUCUCGACCUCGGGUCGGAGUUUGUGAAGGUGGCAUUGGUCGCAGCCGGGCGGCCGAUCGAGAUUCUCUUGAACACCGCGAGCAAGCGAAAGACGAGCAACGCAGUCUCGUUUGCAGACGACGAGAAGCGCGAGAUGGGCGACGACGGAGCAGCCCAAGCCGCGAAGAAGCCUGACCGCGUCUUCCUUCACCCGAAUCUGUUGCUCGGCGUGAACGCGACAGACUUUGGCCUCGUCGACGUGACUGCCGACUCGCCCGACGCCGCGUUCCUCCCCGUGGAGUUGAAGGAGAAGCUGUUGCCCAGUGGUUACCCCCACGACUACUACCCCUACCGGUUGUUCAUGGACAAGCGCCGACACAGCUUGGCUGUUCUCGCCCGCGACGGCCUGUACUUGCCUGCGGAGUUGGUCACCGCCAGUAUGCUCGCCUUCGUGAAGAAGCUCGCGAGCCAGGCCGCGGGGAUCGACUCGGAAGCGACGAUUGGCUGCGUCAUCUCGAUCCCGUGUAGGUACACCCAGCGGCAGCGGCAGGCGUUGCGUGACGCGGUCGAGAUCGCCGGGAUGCAUGCGAUCGCGUUCAACCACCACUCAGUGACGGCGGCCGUCCAGCACGCCCUCGACUUGCCGACAAACACGACGGCGACAAAGUUGUUUUACGACGUUGGCAGCUCGACCGUUGACGUGGGCGUCGUCCGCUUCUCGCCGGUCCAGCUUCCGUCGAAGAAGGAGGUUUUGCAAGUUCAGUUGCUCGCGUGCGAGACGACUGCGGGGGCGGGCGGCCACCACGUGGACCUGGCGAUUGCGGAGAAGAUGCGCGAAGUCUUCGAGAAGCGCCACCCGGGCAAGGCGCUCCUCCAAGUGCCUCGCGCGCUGAAGAAGCUUGUGAAGCAGGCGGUGAUGUCCAAGCACGUCCUCAGCGCAAACAAACAGACGCAUUUCCGAGUGGAGGGCUUGCACAACGACGUGGAUUUCCACGAGCCGAUUGAGCGCGCGGACCUCGAGGGCCUUCUCCAGGAGAAGGGGAUGCUGGCGAAGCUGAAGGCGUCGCUCGACGCCACGCUGAACCACGCCGGGAUGGACAUCGCCAACAUCGACCAGGUUGAGCUGCUCGGCGGCGGCUGGCGCGUCCCGCGGGUCCAGCAGGAGCUGAACGCAAUGAUGGGCGGGAAGGAGGUGGGGACGCACCUGAACGGCGACGAGGCGAUGGCCACGGGCGCCGCGUUCAUCGCCGCCAACAGCACGGCGACGUUCCGCGUCAAGCAAAUGCUGCUGCACGACAUUUCGCCCUUUGAGUACGUUUUGAAGAUCGCGUCGAUCGCCGAGGAAGACGACGCGGACGCCGGCGUCAAGCACGGCGACCGCGUGGAGAAGACCAAGGUGCUCUUGGGGCGGAACGGCCGACUCGCCCAAGGCAGCAGGACGGUCGCGCUCCGAACGACGCACGACUUUGAACUGGAGCUUCUCGAGGACGACGUGCCCCUCAUGAAGCUCGCCGUCACUGGCGUCUCGGAGGUCGCGAAGAAGCUGGAGGAGGAGGCGCAGAAGAAGGCCGAGGCGGAGAAGAAGGCCGAAGUCGGGGAAGUCGAGGCUGAGGAGAAGCGUCUCCCGAAGGCGAACCUCGUGUUCAAGAUCGACGGCAGCGGCGUGAUUGGCUUCGACCGCGCGUACCUCACGCAGGAGUACCCGAUCUACGUUCCGGUGCCCGCCACAACGACGAAGGCGACGACGACUAAGUCGGCCUCGGACGCGAGCGAGCAGACGAGCACGACGACUCCGACGCCGCAGCCCAAGUUCAAGAAGAUCAUGAAGCAGGUGUCCGAGCCCCUCGCGGUCGAAGAGACCCUGACGUUGCCUUUGCCGCUGACGGCGGCCGAGCGGAAGGCGCUCCGGAAGCAGUUGCAGGAGUUGGAGGCGUCGGACUUGCGGGUGCAUCGGCUCGCAGAGGCGAUGAACAGACUGGAGUCGUCGAUCUACGCGGCCAGGGGUUUGCUCGACGAGGAGAUGAUCGCGAGGGUGAGUGUGCCCGAGACACGCGAGGAGCUGCGGAAGCAGCUGGAGGCCGACGAGGAGUGGAUCUACGACAGCGCGAAGGCGGAAGGCAUCGAAGCGGUGAAGAAGAAGCUGUCGGCGCUGGAGAACGUCGUAGAGCCGAUGAAGAAGCGCGCGGAGGAGCUGGAGGCGCGACCCAAGGUGAUUGACAAGAUGGAGAAGGCCCUCGUCGACGUCGUCUCUCGCCUCGAGCAGAUCGCGACGAAGCGGCCGUGGGUCCCCGAGGAGAAACUGAAGGGGGUUCGCGCCUUCGGCGAAGACGUCGGCGCGUGGUGGCGAGAGAAACUCGCUAGCCAGCAGAGCAAGAAAGACACGGAAGAGCCCGUUUUCACCAAAGCCGAAGUCCUCGCGAAGGUGAAGGAACUCGGCGCCGCCGUCAAGGCCCUCGAGAACAUCCCGCGGCCGACAACCACUACGACUCCACCCCCCAAGGAGAACGGAGACCAGAAGGACGCGGACACAGAGAAGAGAGAGAAAGAGACGGAGAAGACAGAGACGGAGAAGACAGAGAAAGAGAGCGAGAAAGCAGAGACCGAGAAGGCGGAACCGGAGGAAAAGAGAGAAGAGGGCCAAACGUCGGGAAAGGACACUGCAGCGGAGCAGAAAACCAGAGAAGAGCUGUGA